AUGAGCAGACUCUACUUCCUGAGGAAGCUGAGAUCCUUCAACGUGUGCAGCAAGAUGUUGGAUAUGUUCUUCCAGUCUGUGGUGGCCAGCAUACUUUUCUUUGCCGUGGUUUGUUGGGGGAGCAGCAUCAGAGCCAGUGACACCAACAGACUCAACAAACUAAUCAGGAAGGCUGGCUCCGUGAUUGGCUGCAAACAGGACACAGUGGAGGCUGUUGUGGAGAGGAGGACACUGACCAAACUGUUAUCCAUCAUGGAUAACCCUGACCACCCUUUCCACCUCACUCUGGACAGACAGCGGAGCUCCUUCUCCAACAGACUGUUGCAGCUCCGCUGUCGAAGGGACAGAUUAAGGAAAUCUUUCCUGCCACAAGCUAUUGCACUAUUUAAUAACUCACAUCUGUCAGACAGGGACUCACACCUGUCUGCUGUAUAG